GUGGGUAUGCUGGUUGGAAACAUCGCUUAAAAAACAAGCUUUCAAUUUACCGAACUCAGUUACGAAAACUUGGUUGUCACGAAGUAACUGUCAAUGCUUUGAGCCACAAGCCACAAGGCAAAGGCCCUGCUUUUGCCAUUAAAAAGCCAAGGCGCUCUGAAGUGAACUAUUGCCCCCCCUAUCCCACAGGAGAGACUGAGGAAACUUUAGAAACACUUCGAGUGGAACUUAUAAUGGAUGUAAAAAAGAGGAACGGCAAAGAAACAGUGCAUCGAAAAAUGGACAAGCCGUUCUCAUACAGAAGAUUAGAGGUAGUUCGGUAAACACCCAUGGUACAAGAUUUCCAGGAACGGUGGCAUGCGCUCUUUAAAGUGUGUGAGAUAAACGCUGAAUUCAAGAGAAUCACCACUCUGCCACUGCAGUCCCGGUUCCUCUCGCAGCUAGACAUUCUGUCUUCCAAACUUAUUGCUCUCUAUAAAAAAAGAGGUGGACUAAUAGGCAAACACCUAAAAAGUAUAAUGGACCAAAUGACUGAAGAAGAUGUCGACCAUGGGCGUGAAAGUGUUCUGAAGGGCCUUUGUGUGUACCUCAAUGAAGACCCCGAACAUCUGAUACGACAGCAUGUAGGAGUAAGUGAUACAGCCUUUGAAGAAUCAGUUGAGGAAACUACUGUGGGGAUCUUCACGGUGAAACAACAGGAGGCGCAGCCUACUCCAGACGAUGUAGGAAUUAUCCUGGAAGGCCAAAUUGUUAUCCAGGAUUUAGACAAUGUUCCUCUGGCUGUUGCACUACUGUUUGGCCUCCUGUAUGCUCUACAUAUGGAUUAUCCUCAUCAACUCAGGUAUACCUUUGAAGUGAUCCAGAAACUGAUCAUGGAGCUAGAUGGUGGCACACUUUCAAAGAAAGUCCAGGUCCUGAAGAAUAGACUCAAUGAGUAAUGCUGGCCAGUGAGCAUGACCAGCUUAUUUGAGGACUUGUCCAUUUAAGUUGCUUUUCAUUGUUCUCAUGUUGUUGUAAACAAACUUUUAAAUAUGCUUAGUUACUUAAAAAAAAAAAGGCGUUCUGUAGAAAGAAGGAUUUUCAUUGUUUAAGAUGUGUUUAGCUGCACUCGAUAUAAUUUUCACAUUUUACCAACUGAAAACGUUUGUAAGAAAUUGUGCAGUAAGGGGUAUGGUGUUCCAUAUAACACCCCAGAAAGUUGGCCCUUUAUAAAAGAUAGACAUAACUUUGAUUUGCGGGUCAAUCGUUUGUGGAAGUCCAUUUGAAAUUUUUAUUUAUUUAUUUUUGUCAGACUCACUUUUGUAUCGGUAUCUGAACAGAGAGGUUAUGUGGCAUGCACUUUGUUUUUCUACUUUAUGUCAGUGAUCCUUGGUUUGUCUGAAAACCCUGCUGUAAACUGUUAGGAUGUAGACUCAUCUGAAUGUUGACUAUUUUGUAUUAAAAUGUUUGGC